AUGAGGUAUUCUAGUCUUGGUCUCCUGAGCUUGGCCACUCUGGUAUCAGCCAGUGCGGAAGACCCUUACUAUGCGAAUUUGACAUGGGAAGCCCCACGCAGCUUGUCGAACUGGUCAAACUUGACUGUCGAGACGCACACUGGAACUUUCAUUGGCAUGCUCAAUGAUACCUACCCCAAUGUUCGACAAUUCCUUCGAGUUCCGUAUGCGCAGCCUCCCGUUGGGGAUCUACGUUGGAUGCCUCCGCAAAAGCCACAAAGGUCCAAGAAGCGGAUCGAUUCUACCUUUUAUGGCCCAGCUUGUCCUCAGUACGUGACUGCGCCAGCCAGUAUCUGGAAUACCUACGAACCCCCCAAUUUGCUGCUCAACAUCGGCGAGAGAUUGGAUCAAGGUUCCACUGCCUGGUCAUCGGCCGAAGAUUGUUUAUCGAUGGCAAUCUGGACGCCUGCUUCAGCUAAUCGCACCUCUAAACUUCCGGUGGCGUUGUUCGUAACAGGUGGCGGCGGUAUCACUGGUGGAAUUGAUAUUCCCUCUCAGCUGCCGGCACAUUGGGUUUCGCGAUCUCAGGAGCACAUUGUUAUUACCAUCAAUUAUCGAUCAAAUAUCUUCGGGAAUCCCAAGUCCCGGGCAUUGAAUGAGACCUCUUUGACUUUGCUAGAUGUCAGAGCUGCAGUUGAAUGGGCCUACGAGAAUAUCGAAUCUUUUGGAGGAGAUGCUGAAAACAUAAUGCUGUGGGGUCAAUCGCAAGGAGGUAUCCUGACGCAUCUGUAUACUCUUGCGUUCCCUGACGACCCUCUCGCUGCCAAGUUCGGAGUGAUCUCACAGGGUGCAUCGGCCACCCUGGACCUCGCAACGGCCGGUGAUGUUUAUCAAGACUUUGACAUUGUCGCCAAGGGACUCGGAUGUAACUAUGGAGACGACUACGAAGCCGAGCUCGAGUGUAUGCGACAGAUUUCCUGGGUCCAGAUUGAGGAAUACAUUAACCGCUACAACGCUACGCCUUCGAUUGCUUUUACUAACUAUAUUCCCGACGAAAGAUACAUCUUCUCGAAUGAGACCGAGCGAUAUCUUCAAAGGAAGGUUGCUCCAGGACCGUCGAUUCGAUCUGACACCGCCAGGGAGUUUCCGGAUCAGAACAGUACAUACGUUGCCGAAGAAGAAGGAAUCGCCGACUGCUUGGCACGUUCUGACUCGGAGCUUCGGGCUUCCAUCGGCCUUGACACUUACCGAUAUUAUUGGGCCGGCAACAACAUCAGCCCUGUUCCCUGGCUCGGCGCCUUCCACUGGACUGAUCUAUUCAUGAUAUUCGGUACCUAUAUGCUGGAUUUCGGCAACAUCACCGAGCUCGAGGUCAAAACCUCCGAGACGAUGCAGGAUUUCUUCCUAGCAUACCUCAAGGAUGCCUCGACAAUCAAUACCACUGUAGGAUGGACUGCGUUCAAUGGAAGUGCACCUGGCGGGGGCGUUAUUCUUGAGUUUGGCAAGGAUGUUCCUGUUCGCAAUGUCACUGGGGAUUGGCUGGAUGGUGGCUGCUGGAAUUCUUCAAUUCCCUUCCGGAUCGAUGGGUAG